CGAUCUGUCACUCUUGGAUUUGGGGUUCUUAGCUUUUUUCAACUUCCCUUUCGCGUCAUCCUGUCCCGCCCUCAAGUCUGUGUAGACGAGCCAAUUCUCUAUUCCUGUGGCCCCCAAGUAGACCGCUCCUUAUCCCCCGAGUUCAAUCUCCUCGACUAUGGCAUCCGACGAGACCGCCAUACCUGUUGAAGCUCCAAAGACCAAAGCUCAGAACAAGGUUCGGAAGCGUGCACCCAAAGCCUGCCUUUCAUGUCGCGCUCGCAAAGUGAGAUGCGAUGUGUCCCAGCGUGGCCGCCCAUGCAUGAACUGCUAUCUCGACAGUGAGACGUGUGUGGUAACUGGACGCGCAUCUAGAUUUCGCAGAGCACAACAACGAAGAGAUGGAGUAGACGACGCGACGGCAUCGCACCCUCCAUACAAUGCAGACGACGGAGAGCAGCGUCAUGUGGUCGACCCUACUGCACCAUCAAACGACGAUCUUCGGUCAAUACCCUCUAACGAGUCCGACCGUCAACCUCAAGCUUGCCAUCAUUCGCAUGAUGACGACGCUCCGACACCUUUCCACGCCGUGAGGCCAAAGAGUCCGACACUGAAUCACACGAACAGUGCUCACCAUGACCAUGCCAAACCAGCCCAUUCCCAUAGACCCUCGGCUGCGACAACGGGGACGCAUGGAAUGCCAUCCCCUGCUCCUCUGUCAUUCAACAACCAGGCCUUCACGACGCCAUGGGCUAAUGGUCAGCAAAACAGCCUAGGCAUAGACGUCACAUACUCGUUCUACCCAUUUCUGGCUCUGAGCAACCUGCACGGGAUUCCGCCUCAGGAUGUCAACUACCUGGAGCUACAGGGGUGUCUGCGGGUGCCCACGCGUACCAUCCUCGACGAGUUUGUCCAGCAGUACUUUCUGCAUGUCCACCCGUUGUUUCCCAUGCUCAACGAGGGUGACUUUUGGGAUUUGUACUGCGCAAACCACAACAGCCAUGUGCCUACCGACAAGUUGUCACUGCUCGUCUUCCAAGCAAUGCUCUUCUCCUCUUGCAAUUUCGUCUCCCGACAAACUAUCAAAACCCUAGGCUUUCCCACGAUCCGCGCCGCCCGGGCAGCCUUCUACCGACGCGCGAAGCUCCUCUACGACCUCGAAUCCGAAUCUUCUCCUCUCGCCAUCGCACAAGCCGCCCUCCUGCUCUCCUUCUGGUCUUCCCCCACGUCUCCGGCCUUCCGCAAAGCGAACACCGCCUGGCUCAUCAUCGCGAUCCAGAAUGCCAAGAUGGUUGAAGCGCACCACUACGCCACCCGCACGGCGCCCCCGAAGAAACGCAACCUCCUCAAACGCCUCUGGUGGUGCUGCAUCAUGCGCGACCGCAUCGUCGGCCUCGGCCUGCGCCGUAGCUUGCAGAUCACCCAUAGCCACUUCAACUUUGACUCGAACGAGGCGCUCGGGUUCUCUGACUUGGCCGACGAACUAGAGCGGAGCCGGGUGUACAACCCGGACACGAAGCGGCGCCUGGCUGAGAUCUUGGAGCAGUUGGUUGGACUGUGCGUCGUGCUCACCGAUAUCUUGAUCCUCGUAUUCCCGCUGGAUGAUCGCCCGGGCUGGGGCAGGGAGAUGCGCACCGAGGAGCAGGACAAGGUUCGCAUGUGUAAGGCAGCGCUGCGCACGUGGUACAAGGGCGCGGCGCUGCGGUUCCCCAUGUUCGGAGGCGGUUCCGUAGCAAGGGUGAAAUCGCCCGGGAACGAGUUCCAGCACGACUCAGUCAUUCUAUACACUAACUUGAUGUACAUGUACUACCACUCGUCUCGAGUCGUCCUGAGUCACCACGAAGUCCUCCACCUCGCCAUCACCGCUGCCGCGCCAGCUUUCAACGCGAUUCCUACAUCGGACCUGGCCAUCAUUGGGGAGAACCGACAUGAACUUCAGGACGCCGCGUCGGGGGUCACCGAGUGUUUGAAGGAACUCAUCCACCUGCACCUCGCACGCUGGCUACCGAUCAGCGCCGUCGCCUGUACCGCGCUACCGUUGGUCUUGCAUAUUCUCGACGUUAAGCUGUCAGCAUCGUCGAGGUCUUUCGACCCAAACACGCAGUCAGCACUCAAGCAGCACCGUCUCAAUAUCCUCAUCGAGGCCAUGAAGACCUAUCAGCCGCAGUACGACGGCGUUGACUGGGUGAGCGAGACGAUCCGGCACAUUGUCAAUCUCGCACAGAUUGACUCGCCGCCGGCGCCGGGAGAACUAAAGAAUGCCGGGGGUAAAGCUGCCAUUGUGGACUGGACUGACAUCCUCGCCUCCCAACCAAGCUCCUAUCUCCGCCUCGCGCUCACGAUGGAUCUGUCCCUAAGCAAGGGGCGUCUUCCAGAGGACGGCGACUUCCCCGUCAGCCUCCGCGGGCUGUUCACCGGCGGGUUCAACCCGCUCAAAGCGCUUCUCGAACGGAAGCGGGAAGACGCCAGGAUCAAAGACGCAGAAUCGCUGACGGACUUUGAUGCCGCGGCGAUGCGCGUCAAUCUCUUCCGCAUGCAGCCGGGAACGGCGGCGGUCGUUUCGUCCGACGAGGACACCACCACCUCGCCGUCGUCAGCGGAAGAGACCAUCCAAGGCAGCGUAACGGACGCCACGUCCCCGAGGACCGUGGGGCCAGAGUUCCGAGCCUCCGCACCCGGGAGCAGCAGUUGUGCGGACGUGGACAUGGCGGACCGCCCGCCGUCGACAGGGAUCGACGGCCUGGCGGCCGAGGUCUUGGCGGCGUUCCCACUGGAUGAACAACCGGCAUUCGCGGACGGUGACUUUGAUGGGAUGUAUUUUGACGGGAUGCCCGGGUACGACGGGCCUACAGGGUGGAUCGAGACGGCUUGGAACGAGCUCACGAACGGACCGGGCGAGGAGCGUGCGGACCGGGAUGCGGCGAAGAUCCUGCUGGAUGCGUUCAGGGAAGGGGACUUGGCCGGGUGCGCGGCGUAGGUCGCGCGAGCUACGCUGGUGAUGCACGUCGUCUGCGCCCACGUUGCUUGUCAGGUCCUCGGCUAUCUUGGCCUGCAAAUGAUAUUGCCUGGUUUGCAGACUCUGAAGGGUCAUGGAUUAUGAAAACGGCGCCGGUUUAAUUAGUGCAAAGGCUUACCUAUGGAUGGUG